GCUAGAAGAGCAGAGUCCUUAGUAACGGGCCGCGGCGAGCGGCCUGAGCCUCCCUAGCGACGAUCCCGCAUGGCCGAGGACGGGGCUGUGGGUGACCAGCGCCGGGCCGCGGAGGUGGUCCAGGCGCUGGGCCGGCACCUGAGCGGCCUGCAGGAGCCCGGCCGGGAUACGCGGCUGCGGGCUCUGCGGGCCAUCCGGGCCGAGGUGCAGGAGCGGCCGCUCUCGGCCCUGGUGCUGCAGGAGGUCUUCGCCAAGCAGCUGCUGCGGCCGCUGGUGCGGUGCCUGGUGGGGGAUCCGGCCGAGCGCUGCCGGGAGCUGGCCGUCCAGCUCACCUGCCACGGCCUGAGCCACGGCGCCCGGCCCGCCGAGGCCCUGCCCUGCUUGCUGCCGGCCCUGGCCCAGCGCCUCUGCCCGCCGCAGGGGCAAUCGCACGAGCCCUGCGAGGAGCUGCGCCUGGCCCUGAUCCAGCUCCUGGGCCUCCUGCUGGAGCUCUGCGAGGCCGCCCUGGCCCCCUACCUGCCCGAGAUCAUCCGCAUCCUGCAGGCCACCCUCCUCGACCCCUACCCCGAGGUCAAGCGUGAAAGCUGCAGGUGUGCGGCCGCCAGCGCCAGGGCUAUGCCAGAACACUUUCAUAUGCAGUCAGAAUUUUUGAUAAAACCCUUAAUGCAAACAGUUUCACACCAGCACUUCCGAGUCCGUGUUGCUGUGAUUCAGGCCACAGGAACGGUGAUACAGUUUGGCAACGGAAAGUCUGUAGAUGAUGUUCUCUCUCAUCUGGCCCAACGACUUUUUGAUGAGAUUCCUCAGGGCUUGAUCCAGCAAGGAACUGAGCACUCCAGCAAAACACAUAUGAAAAUGUUUAAGCAUAUGGUUCGGCAAGCUGUUACAAGUGUUGUUGGAGAAUGGCUAUUGCACCUGCGGGAUAGAUAUUCUUACUUUCACAAGUUGAUUCCUUUAUUACUCAGCAGCUUUACUGAUGAAAUGCCUGAGAACAAGCAACUGGCUGUGAGUUAUUGGAAGAGGAUAGGCUUGCAGUGGGAAAAAGAGAAUGAAGAAGACCUUAAGGAUAAGCUUGACUUUUAUUCAGCACCAUCUCAUUAUCCUGAAAGAGUAGUUCGACCGGAACUGGGAUGUCGGGAGCUCGUCACAAGAAACCUCUCCAAAAUUCUUCCAGGUCUCUGUCAUGAUGUAACAGACUGGGUUGAAGGCACCAGAAUAAAGGCAUCUCAGCUUCUGUUUAUAUUGUUGCUACAUGCAGAGGAUCACAUUACACAGCAUAUGGAGCUACUGCUUAGAACUUUAUACCGAGUAUGCUUAGAUGAAGAGAAUAAUGUGGUUAGAAAUUGUGUGAAAGCAGCAGAGUUGAUUGGAACAUUUGUUAACCCUAAGGUAUCUCUGAAGUUACUGGUGUCAGCUCUUGAAAAAACACCUAUGCCUUCUUAUCUCAUGAUUCUAGCUGCAGUGAUACGAGGUUGCCCAAGACAAGUCUUAAAGCCUCAUUUGUCUUAUCUUGCCAACACACUCUCACAACCUGAGAUCUGUCAGCGAUCUGAAGAGAUCUUUUAUAUGGAACAAUUGCUUUGUUGCGUACAAGCGAUAACUGAAGUGUGCCAAGAAGACUGCAAAGAAAUUAGCCUGCAGCUAAUGAAAGUUUUGGUGACAAUAAUGGCAAUACCACGUGCCGAACAUCUUCAUGAAAAGGUAGAGGAAUCAAUGUGUUCAUUAGCUCAGGUGCAGCAUUUGAGUGGUUUUCUUGAUCUCUAUAAACAACAUAUAGAUCAUCUUAUGGAGUGGGUAUCUGUAUCGCAUGAUCGUUGGAACUGCUAUUCUCCAGAAUUAUUACAGCUAGAUGUCAUUGCCACUCAUUCAGGUCCUAUAAUAGGUGAAGCCCUUCAAGAUUUCAUUCUCAUCCUAAAGACAUGUCUUCAGCCAACCAAAGACCCACCAAUGCGCUUAAAGCUUUUCACUAUUUUAUCACAGUUGCUCCAGAAAGCAAAUGAGACCAUCAACUCUCAGGGGCAGUUUCUUAGCUACCUUGAGAUCGUGAUAAAAGACAUAUUGGCUCCUAAUCUGCAGUGGCAUGCUGGAAGAACAGCAGCUGCCAUCCGCACUACAGCUGUAUCAUGCCUUUGGGCUCUUAUUUACAGUGAAAUGCUUUCUCCAAAAGAGAUUUUUAAACUAGAAGAUGCACUGAUGCCUCAGGUAAUUGCCACAUUGGAUGAAGAUUCUAAAAUGACUCGAUUAAUGGCUUGUCGUAUUGUCAGUGUUAUUUUAAACAUCCGUGGGAAGCAGUUUGAUCUAGAUAAACUCAACAACAUUUAUCCUGAACUCUUAAAGCGGCUGGAUGAUGCUGCACACGAUGUACGACUAGCAGCUGCUCAAGCCUUAAGUAACUGGUUUAAAUGUAUAAGAAAUGAUGAUGAAAAAACUGUACUUAAAAGUAAUAUUGAGUUUCUUUACCGAGAACUGUUGAUUCAUCUGGAUGACCCUGACCAAAACAUCCAACGGGCAGUCUUAGAAGUUUUAAAAGAAGGAAGUGUUUUAUAUCCAGAAUUACUGGUGACAGAAAUAGAAGCAGUUGAACAUAAGCAUCGAACUCCAGCGUACUGUAAUCAGCUACUACAGCACAUUCAGUCAACUGGGGAGUAGAAUUUCUGUUGUCUCUAAAGAGCCUUGUUUGAACUUUAUAUGAACUGGAAUUGUCUCAUUUUCAACUCUACAAUAAAAUAAGUUGAGCAAUAUAUGUGUGGCUCCUUUGCAAAUAGUGUCUUAUUUAAAAGUGAUAUCAACACACUGUCUUGCAUUGCAAUUUCAACAGGACUGUGCAUAGUGACAAUAAUACAAAACAGAAUGUUUUAAUUUAAUUAAUUCCUUAUUGAAAGUAUUUGGGUUGGGGCAAGAAUGCUCUUUGUGAAUUUAUCUGAUAUUUAUUGUUGAGAAAGCUAACUUAUUUUACAAACUAACCUCUAUAUAAUGUACCCUCAGGCCUAAAGUUGUAUUAGCGAAGCUCAUGUAGGCCUCAAUCCUGCAAGCUGCUGAGUGCCUCCAGCUCUCGAAAUUGCUCAACAUCAAGCCCUGCCAUAGCUACCCAGGCACAAUUUAAAUUGCAUCAAGCAACAGAAUUUUACACCAAUUUGUGUACUGAUGCUCUUAAAGUACUGAAUUAGUUAAAAGCAGAGCAACUGACCCAGCAAACGCUGCAGAGCGAUCAGCUUAUUUCUUAGAGCAGCUCUAUUCAAAUUAAAGGUAUAUUAGUCACAUAAGCAUGAUACUUGGCAGCAUUUGCAGAAUGGGACCCUCAGUUUCCAACAUGCCUCCAUUGUAACUAGCAUCACAUUUUGCCAUUUUUAAAAUAAAACUAUUAACCCAGAAGGAAAAAGUUUAUUUUUCCACAGUACUUGUAAAUUGACUGAAUCCCUUUGUACUUUGUUUACUUCUUGCAGUAUAUAAAAUGAGCCUAUACGAUUCUGAGCACAUAUGUAUUUUAAAAAAUGCUUUGUAUUGUCACUGUACUGCACUGUCUGAAUAGAGAAGAAUUUAAUGAGAAUAUACUUAGAAAUAUACAAUAAGGAAUUAAGGAUUUUACAUGACAUUAAAAACAAUGCUCUUUUGUUACAAAAAUAUACUUAGAUCAAUAGUAUUUUUAUUUUUGUACUCAUCAAUUACAUGGCAUCUGUAUUUUUUAUUGUUUACACUGUAGUGCCUUAAACUAACAAGAAUUUGGUCUUUCCGUAUUGUGUUGAAUCUGAUUUUAGGUCACCAGUUUGAUAUUAUUUUUUAAGAUUUUUUUUUUAGUGUAUACAAUAUGGUUGAGCUGUAUAAUU